GCUCGGCGCUCUUGUAUACUGUGAAGUGAAUAAAAUUGUUACACUUGGUUUCGUCUCUUCGUUCGAAAAGAAAGUAAACAAGCAAAACUAAAAAUGCCUUGUUCCGCGGUGACUCUUUCUCUGGCCACCAUCACCGGUAUCAUCGCCACCGCUCUUCUGGCGAUCGCCUUUUCUACGGACAACUGGCUCUACACCGAGGUCAAGCGAGCCCAAAUACAGCAAUAUGCCGCGAAGAAUCGAGAGCAGAGUAUGCAGCUAGUCGACCAGAUGAACUCCAAGUUUUACUACUACACCAGGACCCAAGGACUCUUCAGGAUAUGUUAUCCGAAAGAGAGACCACCGACUGUCGAGACUUACCUCAGCCCGGUGGAAACGCACUGUAUGAAUAUCGACUACUUCAUCCCGGACGAGGAGAAUCAGACGAGGGGUUUCUCGGACGACGCUAUAGCUCGCCUUCAUAUGGGCAGAUCGGUGAUCGCCUUGUUCAUGAUUGGAUUUUUGGCAAUCUUUUCCGCAUUCUGGACCGGAGUCGUUGGCUGCUGGCGAAGGUCUCCAGGAAACAUAACAGCGACGGCGAUUCUGAUGCUCUUCGCCUGUCUCUUGAGCGCUGGUGGUAUGGGUCUUUGGCACGGGGUCGAAUACUAUGAGAAGGAAAAGGUCGUCGGAGAGGAGUAUUAUCAGCAAUGGAGCAACGUAUUGAAGGACAACUCGAUAGUGUCGUACGAUUGGUCGUACGUCGUCGCUUGGGUCGGCGUCGGUUGGUCUCUGGUCAGCGCAAUCCUGUUUAGCGCAGCGGCCAUUUGCUUGCGGGGCGAACGGUUGCGAGAGGAGGCUAUGAACAUGCAGUACCUCAUGCCUGUUUAUCCCCAAAAGCAACAAUACGCAUACGCCGGUUAUCCCCCGCCAGCCGCCUAUCCAGGGCCGUAUUAUCACGGUUCCCAAUACGGUCCGUACAACUACUGAUAUCGUCAAGGAGUGAGAAGAUGAGAGAGUGGAAAACGGAAUUCGAGAAAAUGGUUAAAAAUUAAAAUUUCUACAAGGAAUUUAACGCAGCGACGAUAAA